AUGACCAUAGAUAAUUAUGUUUAUGGGACAACUUGCAAUGUCAGCACUGAUGAUGUACUAGAUUUGGUUACAAGUACUUCUGGCAGUUUGGCAGAUACAAAAAUGAUGACCAAACCAAAUGAAAAGUAUGUAACCAGUCCUAUGUUCACUAUCUUGAAUACAGUAACUAAAAUUGCCUAUACUAUAAUUUUAUGUAUAUUUGUAAAUUCUUACAAACAGUACAAAGAACAAUUAGUGGCCAAAUCUUAUAUUUCACAGUAUCCAGUACGGCAUGGCAUUGUGGAAGACUGGGAUCUGAUGGAGAAGUUUAUGGAACAGUGUAUAUUUAAGUAUCUGCGAGCUGAACCAGAGGAUCAUUACUUUUUAUUGACAGAACCUCCACUAAACACGCCAGAGAAUCGUGAAUACACAGCAGAAAUCAUGUUCGAGUCUUUCAACGUACCAGGCUUGUACAUUGCGGUGCAAGCAGUGCUCUCAUUGGCAGCAUCCUGGGCAUCCCGUCAAGCAACGGAGCGCUCUUUAACUGGGACAGUGAUCGACUCUGGUGAUGGUGUUACACACGUUAUACCAGUGGCUGACGGAUAUGUUAUUGGAAGCUGCAUCAAACACAUUCCAAUUGCUGGCCGAGACAUUACCUACUUUGUUCAAAGCUUGUUGAGAGAGAGGGAACCAAAUAUUCCACCACAAAUGAGUAUGGAGACUGCUAAGGCUGUGAAAGAGAAAUUCAGCUAUAUCUGCCCAGAUAUUGCAAAAGAGUUCAACAAGUAUGAUAGUGACCAGUCAAAAUGGAUCAAGAGAUAUGAGGGAAAAAAUCCAGUAAACAACCAGACCUUUGGUAUUGAUAUAGGUUAUGAACGCUUCCUAGGACCCGAAAUCUUCUUCCAUCCAGAGUUUGCCAAUCCUGACUUUACGAUUCCAAUCAGCGAAGUUGUAGACAAUGUGAUUCAGAACUGUCCCAUCGAUGUACGUCGCCCUCUCUAUAAGAACAUUGUUUUAUCUGGUGGAUCAACUAUGUUCAAAGAUUUUGACCGCCGCUUGCAAAGGGAUGUAAAGCGAAUUGUUGAUGCUAGACUGCGAAUCACAGAACAACUUAGUGGUGGCCGCAUUAAGCCCAAACCCAUUGAUGUAAAUGUUGUUGCACACAAGAUGCAGCGUUAUGCAGUUUGGUUUGGUGGUUCUAUGCUUGCAUCAACUCCUGACUUCUACCAGGUGUGUCACACGAAGGCUGAGUACGAGGAGAAAGGACCGAGCAUCUGCAGACACAAUCCAGUGUUUGGUGCCAUGGCAUAAUUAUGGAUGGAGAUUAUUUGUUCAGUCAAAUAAUGUAUUUGAAAUGUUUGUUGAAGAGAAAUUCUUGGAAUAUUAAGGAUUACUUUGGGUAAUCUGGCCUUGUUGUUGAAGUGUUGUGAAUUUGAGAGUAUUUGUGAAAUUGUUGGAGUGAAUGUAGUAAAGAAUGUGCCAUUGUAGUGAAACUUGUUACUCCCGAGUCAAUUUCUGUAUAUAUAUACAUACUCCCAUAUGUUUUGAAGAUUUUUUCUUUACUUCCAGUGUAUGAAUACCUUGGCUACUACAUGUUCUUAGUGUGUUUGUGUAAUGCCAAAACAUUUAUUAUGUUUUAAAUGAGGUAAUAACCAUUUCAUUAGCCCUUGUGGCUUAGCACUUCUUUUUGAUUAUAAUAAUAAUAACCAUUUCAUUUAUUUAGUAUUACUGUUCAUUACGUAGACCUGUUAAAGAAGAUUGAUAUAAAUUAGUUAGUCGAAUACUUUUUUUUAUUAUCAAUAAUUCUUUUCUUGAUGAUGAAUUAGGUGCUCAAGUGAAUAGAUGAACCUAUAAAUAAAAAAUUUAUUUUCUGUUCAAGUGAAAGGUAAUUUGUUUACUGUACUUGCCCAUAAAUUUAUGCUACAUAUAUCUGCUGUGGGUUGUUAAUUAAUUUUUUUGUAAAUGGUAAAUUCUAGUUUCCUUCAUGCAUGUAGCAUACUUCAAUAUUUUUUUUUUUUUUUUUUAAUGCCUGAAGUAAAGUACAUGAUAAUUAGUGAUUGUUAAGAGAAAUUGGAAAUUAGGAAGUGAUACCAAACAUGACCUUUGGGCAUAUCAUUGAAUAGGAAAUAUUUACUACAUGAACAUUUAUCUCUUCAGGCACGGAUAUAAUUUUACUAAUACAUGUAUAUUCUAGGGAUCUUUCAGUCAGUAAUAUAUGAAACUUACAGCUUCAUCACCUAGGGAAAUAUUUUAAGCGUUGUGGGUUGCAAAUCAUUCUGUACAAUAAUUUAGUUAUGAGCCUUUUUUUCUAUAAAUAUACACUUCAAAAUUUU